CCGAGCGUAGUGGGAUAAAUCUGAUGGGGCCCUGGGUGUGCCGGCUUCGAGGGAUAUUUGGGUACCUAGCCAGAGAAGUGGACAGCAAGUCAGCAACUGGUUUUUGACUUCAAGAGGCCAUUUGUCGUUCAAGCUCCCACUAGAGUUUUAGCAACCCGACACGUGGAAGCUAUGAGUUCCAGUUCUGCGGCGGCCUACUCGGGGUCACCCCCGGGCAAGAUGCCCGUCCAGGGUGUCUUCGACUUCGCCUUCAGCCAGCCAUUCCAGACGGCGAGCGACUUUGUGCCGCCUGCACACCAGCUGCCGCAGACCGAGGCAGGGAGGCCCAUCUUUGUGGACAACAAGUCAAAUCGGACGCUCACCUUCGGGCAGAUCUCCCAGGAUGCGCUCGCGGUGGCCGCGGGGCUUCUGCGUCUCGGGCUGGACCCCAAGGACACGAUCAAGCUACCGCCAACACCGUCCUGCCCCGCCGGACCGGAGAUCGCACCUGUCGUGCUGAUCCAGCUGCCCAACUGCCUCCCCUUUGCGCCGCUUUUCUUCGGCGCGCUCGCGGCCGGCACCACGGCCACGCUCGUCUCGCCGGCGCUGACGGCCGACGAGAUCGCGUGGAUCCUGCAGAACGCCCGCCCGCGCGCCAUCAUCACUGCCACGGCCUGCCUGCCCGCCAUGCAAUCCGCUCUCGCCAAGCAGCAGGACUCGAAAUACUUCUCCGCCAUCCCCGUCUUCACCGUCGACGUGGCAGCCGACGCCUACCCCUCUCCCUCUCCCUCUUCUACCUCUACUAGUAGUAGUAGUAGCAGCAGUAGUAGUGUCUCACCUUCCUCCCCCGGGGACUGGAAACCCCUUCUUCUUCACACCCCCUCCCGCUCAUCCCAACCCCAAGCGAUCUUCCCCCCGGAAACAGCCGCCUCCCGCACGGCCGUCAUCCUCUGGUCGUCCGGCACGUCCGGGCGCUCCAAGGGCGUGCUGCUUUCGCACCACGCGCUCAACUUCUCGGUCGCCAGCAUGUGGCACGACGCAGACUACUAUUCGGCCCGGCCCCAGCCGCAGUCCUGGCUGGGCUACGUGCCCUUCUACCACGUCUUCGGGCUCUGCAACGUCUUCCUCCUGGCCGUGGCUGCGGGCGUGACCGUGUAUACCAUGCCGGGCUUCCAUCUCGAGACGGUGCUCCGGGCGAUCCGGGACCGGAAGGUUACGUAUCUGCACAUGGCGCCGCCCGUGGCCGUCAUGCUGGCCAAGGCCGCGGUGGUGGAGCCGUAUGCCGCGCAGGGGGCGUUCAGGAGUGUCGUGGCCGGCAUCACGGGCGGCGCGCCGCUGGGGCAUGAGGUCGUGGAGGAGGUGUAUAAGCGGUGCGGGUUCAGGGUCCGGCUGGGGUACGGGCUCAGCGAGACGUGCAGCACGGCGCUGCAGAGGGGGGUUACGGAGCAAGACAUGCGCGAGCAGGCCGGGGACACGGGGCUGCCGCAUUACGGGGUGGAGGUCAUGAUUGCGGACGGGAAUGCGAACGGGGGCAGGGGGGGUUAUGCGAAGCGCAAGGGCGAGACGACGGCGGCGGCGCGGGUGGACGUGGAAGGGGAGGUGCUGGUGCGGUGUCCCGGCCUGCUGUCGGCGUAUCUGCCCGUCGGCGUGUUCUCAGGCCAGAAGCCGGACAUGUCGGUGACCGAGGAGGCGCUGACGGCGGACGGGUGGUUCCGCACGGGCGAUGUGGGUGCGCUGGACGCGCAGGGAAGGCUGCGCAUCACGGACCGGCUCAAGGAGCUGAUCAAGGUGCGCGCCUACCAGGUCGCGCCGGCCGAGCUGGAGGCGGUGCUGUGCAGCAGCGAGGCGGUGGCCGAUGCCGGCGUUAUUGGCAUCUACGACGAGAGCGAGGCGACCGAGUGGCCGCGCGCCUUUGUCGUCCCCCGCGCCGGACGGAACAACAUGUCCCAGGCGGACCUCGAGAAGCUCGCGGGCCAGCUCAAGGCGCUGGUGGAGAAGCGCACAGCAAAGUACAAGUGGCUGGUCGGCGGCAUCGUGUUUGUUGACCAGAUCCCCAAGAGCCCGAGCGGCAAGAUCCUGCGCCGGGUCCUGAAGAGCGGCGGGGACGAGACCAAGGGGGUCGAAGUCAAGUUGUACGAGAAGAAGAAGAGGGAUGCGAAGCUGUAGGCUGCUGAUAGCUACUACUAGCAGUAGUAGUAUUUCUUUCCAAUAAUCACAUGGAGCGGUCAAACUCGAAGUAUGCACUGUUCAUAGUGUAGAUCUAUCUGGUCUCUGGACGACUGUGAGAGAAUCAAUGAAGAGCGCCAAUGAUAGUAUUCAGAAUCAGUUCAGCUCUGUGCUACCUAAGUACUAGUAAGACAUGGC